GGCAUCCGGGCUCUGGAUGCGGGCUAAUACCGUUCCCGUCUCUGUCAGGAGAACGACAACGACAACAGGAUGGCCAUUAUCUGAAGACGCAGGGAGUCAAGGUCGUCAGAUUCGCAUUAUGGCCGGUCCUCUAUACAAUGAUUCGUCUGCCUCAUCCUCGUCGCAUCCGCUGAACAACGGCAGCAGCAGCAGCGCCAACAGCGACCCCGCCGACCGAGACGAGCUGGACUUCUGGAGCGAAGACGAAGACGUCGCUGAUGUCCUGACCGAAGAUCCCAUCCGCGAAGACCUCGAGGAACCCUUAUCAUUCAAGCGCAAACAGAAGCAGACCGUUCUCUCAGCACCGGGACGCUUCUUGUCUGCCUUCACCGGCUCGCGGUCGGGCACGGCUACCCCCAAUUCCUCGCCGCGAGUCCGAACGCCGACCCAAGACCCCAAUCGAUCACCUCGGAGAGCAGACGCACAUGGCAAUACAAACCAAAGCGUCAAAGAUGGCGCGCCGUUGGACUGGUACGUUGAGGGACCAGGCAGGAGAGUGGGAUAUGAGGAUCUGACGGCUAUCGAUUGGAUCUUCGAAUACACAAAGGAGCGCCAGCGUCUGCGUGUCCUGCACUCGAGCGCGCAUGGCCUGCUUGGGCUGUUCAAGCAGCUUCUGGAUUCCAGCGAAGUCUGGGUCAUUUUGAUUCUGACAGGCAUGGCCACUGGAGCCGUGGCCGCUGGCAUCGAUAUCACGACCGACUGGCUUGGCGACCUGAAGACGGGCUACUGCUCGAGCGGUCCAGAAGGCGGCGCGUUCUAUCUGAACAAGAACUUCUGCUGUUGGGGUUACGACGAAAUAUCCAAGUGCGCCGGCUGGACGCCUUGGGCCAAGGUGUUGGGAAUUUCUUCGACCGGUGGUAAAUGGUUUAUAGAGUAUUUCUUCUUCCUCAUUCUCUCGGUCAUUUUGGCAUCGGCGGCGGCCAUACUGGUCAAGGAGUACGGGAUGUAUGCCAAGCAUUCCGGCAUACCCGAGAUUAAGACGGUGUUGGGCGGCUUUAUCAUUCGCAGGUUUCUCGGCAGCUGGACUUUAAUCACAAAGUCACUGGGUUUGUGUCUUGCUGUUGGAUCCGGCAUGUGGUUGGGCAAAGAGGGGCCUCUAGUUCACGUUGCCUGCUGUUGUGCCAAUCUGUUCAUCAAGCUCUUCAAGAACGUCAACGAGAACGAGGCUCGGAAGAGAGAAGUGUUGUCUGCGGCAGCUGCCUCGGGCAUUUCUGUUGCCUUUGGGUCCCCGAUUGGAGGUGUCUUGUUUAGUCUCGAACAACUCUCCUACUACUUCCCUGAUAAAACCAUGUGGCAAAGCUUUGUCUGCGCCAUGACUGCAGCUGUGGUCCUCCAGGCAUUUGACCCUUUCCGAACGGGCCAGCUCGUCAUGUAUCAGGUCAAGUUUAGCACGAUCUGGCACGGCUUCGAGCUAAUCCCCUUCGUUCUGCUCGGCAUCCUGGGUGGAAUCUACGGCGGUCUCUUCAUCAAGGCCAAUAUGGCGGUGGCUCGAUGGAAGAAGAACACGUCGUGGCUGCCAGGACCUAUCACCCAGGUCGCCGCGAUUGCCCUUCUGACGGCACUCAUCAACUACCCAAACCAUUACAUGAAGUUUCAAACUUCGGAGCUUGUAUCGAAUUUGUUCGUCGAGUGCUCCAAGUACGUUGACGACCAGAUCGGCCUCUGUAAGACGGGAGCUGCAUCAACACCGACCAUAGUGCUCCUGAUUUUCGGAGCUAUUCUUGGGUUCUUUCUGGCCACCGUCACCUUUGGCCUCCAACUGCCUGCUGGUAUCAUACUGCCCUCGAUGGCCAUCGGUGCCCUCACAGGCCGGGCGGUAGGCAUUAUCAUGGAGAUUUGGGUCACGAACCACCCCGCCUUCUUCCCCUUUGCCUCAUGCGAACCAGACGUCCCGUGUGUGACCCCCGGGACGUAUGCCAUCAUUGGUGCAGCAGCCACUCUCGCCGGAGUCACUCGCAUGACAGUUUCCAUCGUGGUCAUCAUGUUUGAGCUAACAGGAGCUUUGACAUAUGUUCUCCCUAUCAUGAUUGCCGUCAUGAUUUCGAAAUGGGUAGGGGACGCGUUCUCUCGGAAGGGCAUUUACGAAGCCUGGAUUCACUUUAACGAGUACCCGUUCCUAGACAACAGCGAGGAGGUGGUCAUACCAGACAUUCCCGCUUCCCAGAUCAUGACUCGCAUCGAGGAUCUGGUCGUGAUUACAGCGACAGGUCACACCAUUGGCAGUCUCAAUAAUAUUCUCGACACACACCCUUACCGGGGCUUUCCAGUCAUCUCAGACCCUCGCGAAGCUCUGCUGCUGGGGUACAUUUCACGAGCGGAACUUACCUACAACUUACAAAUGUGCUCUCAGCCGCCACGGUCCCUUCCGCCGGAGACUGAAGCUUUCUUCUCCCAUCAACCUCUCGCGGACCCCCGCACUACGCUCGAUCUCCGGCCGUGGAUGGACCAGACGCCCAUCACUAUGACGUCCCGUUCGACCCUACACUUGACUGUAAGCUACUUCCAGAAGCUUGGCCUGCGCUACGUCCUCUUCAGCGACCGCGGUGCCCUGCAGGGUCUCUUGACGAAGAAAGACGUUUGGUACGUUCUCAAUGGCGCGGAGGAGACGCGUCGGACCAGCGGGUUGCCGAGAGACAUGGGUGUCGAAACCGGCCUCACGAGAGAGGACGGCGGCGGCGAGCAGAGGGGUCUGCUGAGAUAUGACGGGCAAGAGGAUGGUAUCAGUCCGGCAGACGAACGGGAAACGAUGUUAUAAGCUAGAAAAUGAUCACAGGACCAGUAUGCGACUUUUUACUCAGCCAUAAAUGGAAUCUUUUACGACCGAAUAAUUAUCCCUC